AAAAGCAUUUAAAAAAAAUAAAUAAAAUUAAGCAAUUACGCGUCAUGUCAGCUAACAAAGCAUUAUCGUUCCUGACCAUACCCGGUCAUGCUGUUUUUGGGGCCGGGGCUGCGGCGGCUGCUGUCGCAGAGGGUGACAGCGGCUCCGUUUUUGAGGAGGAAGACCCCGAGGAUGCGGCGUUGCUCUCCCGUCUCCUGCCCAAGUCCUCUCCUAUCCCGAGGAGGCGAGGGUUAUCGCUCGUAGCCGACGACGCAGAGUACCUCUUGGCUCAAGCCCCUGCUUUAAACAGGAAGGUCUCGUUUGCGGACUCGAAGGGGCUCGCCUUGGUGCAAGUGAAGUUUUUUCACAAGUUUGACCAGCCUGAUGAAAGCCCAGGAGACAGGGACGGUGAUGACGACCUGUCCGAUAUUGGGGUGCGCCAGACCGACAGCGCCCGCGUCACCUCGCACCUUUACCAGGUGUCUCCCGCUUUCGCUCCGCCGACUGAGAGUGAGCUUUUGGAAACGCUUCGUGCUCAGAAAGUCACAGUUGCGAGUGUUUCGUUGACAGCCGACCCUCUUUCAACACUGGUGUCCAUCCGAGUCCUGAACGUCUCGUAUCAAAAGUCGGUUUAUGUACGCGCCACAAUGGACAACUGGACAUCUUACUUCGACCACGUUGCGGAUUACAUCCCGGGCUCUUUCGACGGACAGACCGACCAGUUCGCUUUUAAGUUGACCUUCUCUCCCCCGUUUCUAACUGACGGCGCCCGUAUAGAGUUUGUGGUGAGGUAUGAGACCCCCGGAGAAGUUUUCUGGGCAAAUAACGGAGGGCAGAAUUACGCGGUGACUCUCAAGGUCUCCCAGAACGAGACCCUCCAAAGUGGCUCAAGAGCAGGCGACCGACAAGAUGAAGAAAAGGGAAAACGACCGAAAGGCAUUUUGAAGCCGGCUGUGCACAACAGAUCUGAAGCUGAAUAUCAGGAAAUGGAAAACACGGACAUCGAAAUAAACAGGAGGCCCAGCAGUGUGGAGGCAGGCAAGGAAGCAACCAAACAAGCCCCAGAAAUUCAAACAGAGGUUGUGGAUGUGUCAAGCCCGUCACCCGAAACCAAGGAAAUCAACACAGACCCACGUUCAAUUUUAACAGAGGCCACUCUGCUACCAGUACCCCUAGAUGAGCCCCUCGCCUUCCCGGGAUCUUCCCUAGAGACUACCCCCAAGACCACCCUAGAGGCAGAAACAGCGAUCCCUCAAACCCAGCCACCAGAAUAUACAGCGAAACUACACCACCUCCCCUUCAAACCCAGCAACACGAGUGCCUUUGCAGAAGUGCCCAAACACGCUAACCCAAGUAGCGACUGGACUCCCGAAGACCUUAGCCCGGGAAUCGCCUCUAUUUUAGGCACUGAAGAAAGUCAAACCGAAGCUUUCGUUCAGGACCCAGAAGUCUCAAACACCGCCCCUACGGGCUUCCCAAAGAACCCGGAAGACCAAGGGAGAUCCGAACGGCGCGCGGAGACGUUAGGGACAGAAACGGUUGAAAAAACGGAACAGGAAGGGAAGGAGGAAAGCGGAGGAACGUUUCUAGAUUCACACACGGCAAGGGAGGAGAUUCUUCCACUCCAGCAGGUCGAGGAAGACCCCGAGAAGUCUCCAGUACAGGUAGGUGAGGAUGUCAGCAAAGGGGGAACGGGAGACACUUUGACCGAAGCGACUGAAGACAUCCUACUGCAGCCCUCCCAGGAAGAGUUGGGAACACUGCUUGGCGACGGUAUGGGGAAGAUGCUUGAUCUAAUCGAAGCAGGUCUUGAAUUAUCGAUAGAGGAUGUCUUAUCCAGUUCCACAAAGAAGCAAAAACCCAGAGAGAGUUUGGAACAAAGAGUGUUCGAAGCGGGGAAACCAAAGAUCGAAGAAGAUCCUUUACAGCCUUGCGGUGAAGAUCUCUCCGAGAUGACGGUCUGUUCUUGGCUUCCUCCGGGAGUGACGAGAGCAGGCCCAUCAGAAGACUCCUUGUUUGCAAGUCCGCUGGAACCUGAAAAUUUGGUACCUCCAACUGAGCCCGAAACAGCAACUGGACCGGAAAGUGACGAUGUUGAAGAUCCAAGCGAUUUAGAAUGCGCGAAGGACGACCGGUUGGAUUUAGCUAAAGAUGUCCAGGAGAUGACAACAGCCAGGCGACCCGUGCUUUUCACAGGACUUCCCGCAGUCCCAGAGACAAGAGGUUCACCAGAAGGUGCUUCAAGCGAUUUGGAGACUCUCAGGGACAGCCAAACGCUUCCUGCCCAACCCCAAAAUGAUAACUGGAACCUAGAGUCCCCCGGUUGUAGGGCAGACACCCAAGAGUUUCUGCUGGCCAGGAACCGUGGUUCCGGUGACCGGGAGGUAGUUCCUGAACUCCAGACUCCGCCACCAGCAGCACCGCUCAGGGAGGCGGAUCACAGAUUCAGCCAAGCUCUCAACUGCUUCUUCGCCUGUUGGUCUUUGGCGAUGCUCAUGGCCGUGGGCUUCUGUCAUCCCACGGUCUUCCUUGUAGUGGGGGUUUACCUCUUGAGCCUGUGCUUCUGAAGGAAGGCGUCCGUACACGCGUUGCUACUUUUGCUGCUGAAGCCACAGAUGUGAUAAUACAAACAUCCCAAACCCCCUCCAAGUGUGUUUCCUGUUACUACUUUUUAAGAACGGGUAGCGGUGCUUUAUCGGGGUCAGGACAUGCCGAGGGCCCACGUUAUUAUUUUCUCUCAAAUGCAUGAUGUAGCAUUCAUGCAUAACAUAAUGCACUGAAGGGUUCUUAAAAUUCUUGAGAAGGCGUUAUCCGUUCUUGUGUGCGCUAAAUGGCGGUCUGCUGCCAGUGGCAUCCACGUUGGUUUUUUGGUACCUGGCAGCGGAGCGGCUUCGCUCUGCGGCUGCUUGCGCAGAGGUCUGUACUGAUGAUAGAGUACUUAAAUUUCUUCUUCUGCGGAUUGCUGUGGAACGCAGCGCUCGGAAAACUUGUAUAACUAGGACAGCACGCUCUAAAAAAAACUUGUGAUCUUGAACGUGCUGUGCUUAAGAACAGUAAUAUUGUCACUGCUUGCGCCCUGGCGCCUCUCUCUGCACAAACGAAGCACCCUCAAAGGUCUUAAUAGCAGCGCCAACGAAAAUUGACUUUAUAUGUUAUACUUUGGCAAUGGCUGUCCUCAUGUUUAUGUCACGUGACAUAGCAGUGGCAUCAUCAAGGUUAUCGUUCCACCUUGGUCCAUUUCAGAUAUUCAAACAGAGGUUACCUCUGAAUGGGAUAUCUUUGAAAGGACCGUCUUUCCCAGUAUCUUUGCUGUCCACUAACAAGACCAACACCAGCAACAGCAUGACUAGUGGUUUCAGAUUCGUGAGGAUCCAGUGCCAGAUAGAAAUGAGGUAUUGUACUGGCUAAACAAGUAAAACCAGUACACACACACACACACACACUGCUGAACACUGGUAAACAGUUAUGUUAGUUUUCCACGCACACACACAGGAUUGUCAAUGUGACCUUGGUGAAAUGCCCUGGCAACGUGCCCAAGCAGUGGCUGUUUGAAAAAGGUCAUGCAUUUCGCUCAAGUCAAAGUACCAGGCUCUAUUUCAGGGCCAGCACGCUCUGUCACUCAAGACCCCCCCCCCCCUCCCCCCACCAGCCCUGAGGGUACUGGUUUACCAGGCCCUUGUCCUGAGAGCUAAGCUCUGAUUGCCUCUUUGAUAAAGCACACAAUUAUUUUCUUUGCCAAUACUGCAUGGUUUAUGAAUUCAGGUAAACUUAGCUGCUUUGUUAUGUUAUAUAAGGAUGACGCCAGGUCACUUAUUUGUUCCAAAUACCCACAUUGCAUAUUAUGAAAAAAUAGAUCCCUUUAAUCUUUAUUCACGGUAAAAUUGUUAUAUUUUGCUGUUUUGUAUUCAAAUACAAAACCGUACCAACGUGCGAUUUACUACACAAAA